AUGUUCGAUUUGAAACUCAUAGAGCACAAAAUUGCAAAAAUCGCUCGCUCGUCAUCAAUUUCUCUUUUGCAGGAACUGGACGUGUCAUUCAAUCCGCUCGAAUGCGCUUGCCCUCUGUGGGAGUUCAUUGGGUGGGCCGAGAGUUUGGCGCUGUUCCAGGAGGAUUCGUUGCCCUGCCAACGACCGAAAAGUUUGCGCAGAAGCCUCACAGCUGCUGAACAGAUGAUCUGCGGCCCUGAAGUGGUAGGAUCGCCAUUCGUGGACCAAAUGACUCUCUCCCUGGGUGAAUCUCACCGAAUGUGCUGUCUCAUCUCCGCACAUCCGAAACCGUUCAUGUGGUGGGAACACGAGCGGAAAAACAUCACGAAGAGUGCAUCCCAGAGAAGGCUAUCGGAGUCAGGUCAAAUCGAGUUCUGUCUCGACAUCCAAUCCAUAGACGUAGCGGAUCUCGGUGUGUACAGAUGCUAUGCUCAGCUUGAAGAUGUCGUCACGUCAAAGGAAUUCCAUGUGAACAGGGUGCAGGAGCCGUUGGUACUGAAAUCACCGCCGAACAUCCUCUUCUAUUGUCAAUUCAGCUUCGGAUUGUUUAUUUUUGCGUUUUGCUGUGCGACUUGCUGUAUUCUCAGACGUGGUCGACCAAUGAAAACUGGUCCAAAGAAGGACAGUCACUGCCAUACGGUUGUUCACAUCAUGGAAGACAAGAACCAAAGUGCGAGUAGACAGACACCCCUCUGCUGUACCCUGACGCACUGUCCACACGCCAGAAGAUUACGUAGGCGGCCGAGUCAGACCGUAGACAACGACUGUUUGGCGCCGGCGUACUCAUACGCCGAAGCACGACGAUGUCUUCAACCGUCACCACCUCCCGACGACGUCACCCAGCGACGGAUUUCCCUUUGGCGACAUCGCAUCGCUGCCAUGCCGGCACCAUUGGCGCAGUUUGACAAAGAGACCAACAUCAUGGGCAUUGUGCACACUUCGGUCUAG